AUGGUGCGAUUUUGCCAGUUUUGCAAUAGAAAAUUAGACGUUCGAUCGGUCAAGGAGCAGGAUGAGCAUGAAUUUGGCUGCAUUGGUAAGACGCAGUCAUCCCUUCAAUCAAUCCAUCUACCGCCUGACAGUAGCAUCAACUUAUCUUCAAAUUCCCCGAAUCCUCAGUUGAAUUCCAGUCGUGAAAAGACGCCAGAACCCUCUCCGACGAAAUUGACAAAGAAACUGUCUGAUAGGAAGAAAAAACGAGCAUCAGAGAAUAAUGAAAAAGAAGCCUCAACGAGUAGACAAUGUCACAUCUGCAGAAAAGAUAUCAGAGGAUCACUGGAGCAAAGACAGGCACAUAUCAUGAAGUGCACGAAUAAAGCAAAAAUGAGCGAUACGCAAACCUUCGACCUUGUGGCAAACGAGCGAAACUACACAUCCGAUGAAGAAGACAUGCAACUAGAAGUUCCAAAGAAAGAAACUAAGAAACCGACAAAGAAAAAGUCAAAAACUCCAACUCGAAAACGAGCCCGUAAAUCAAAAGAACCACCCAUUCCUUCCCCAUAUUUUGUCGACCUCAGCGAGACCAAAGAGGAUGAGGAAAGUUCAGAAAUUCCCUGUUCAUCGAAAGAAGCGCAAAAACAAGCAAAGAAAGAAAUUACGAUAAAGAAACACCAAUUUGCGCUGAUUUCAUCGCCGAAAAGAAAAAGUGGCGAAAGUGGGGAUGAAACGGACUAUUCUCUUGAAACCUUUGAAAAUCCGAAUUUGGUGGUGAAUAAUGACAUAUUCAAAGGUUUCGCGAAAAUAAGGGUUUUUAAAAAAUCAAUGGAGCAAUCGCCGGAAUACAUGAAGGUCGAUGAUGAUCAAGAAAAUCAGGAGAACUUCUGCGACGAAGAAAAUCUUGCAAAUAUCGAUGAAGAAGUUUUUCCAACAGAAAACGAACAAUCUCCAGAUCUACCUCUUCCCGAAAAUUCUAAUCUUCCGGACAAUCAAAUUCCGGAGCCGAUUAUUCAAGAGAACAAUGAUGUUCGUCUUCCAUCGCCAGAAUUACCUCCCCUUCCUGAUGAUUUUUCCGAUGGGUCGAUUCCAGAUAAUCCCCUAGAAUCGAAUAUCCAAGAUUUUUCAACCGAAAACAUCGACGAAAUCGAAGAAUCUCCAAUUAUAACGAGAACACGGGAUCGUCCUCUGCCUUCAGUUAGAAGUCCUCUCAAACCGCGCAAUCUGACGAAAAACGAAGCUAGAAAAGCUGUCAAGAAACGAAAGUCUUCAGAAGUUCUCGGAAACAGUUCGAAAAUCGCAAAGAAGCAUCAUGAAAAGACCAUCAUUUCCAGCAUUCCAUCUUCAUCUCUCGCUGCUCGACCUCUUGGCGGCUGGAAAUCGCCCGAUAGAAAAAAUUCAAGAGACAAGAAUGAAGAGGACGAGGAUCCUCCAACAACAGCGAGCUCGGUUAUUCAACGCCAACUGGAGGAGACCCAAACGGAAUUUCAAAUCCGCCCCGUAGAAGAAACCAUUCUUGAGCUCAAAGAAGAUGCGCUCCGAAAUGGCGACCUAGUGAAAUAUUCAAAGUGCGGGAAAAAGAUUCGAUUUCACUCGUUUUGGAUUCAAGUCCGUUGUCCACAGCUGAAGAGUGCUGAUACGAAGCGACUAACAUUCGGGGAACUGAAAAAUCUUCACGAUGCGAUUUACUCGCCCCAUGAUCGUUUCUCCCAGUCUCAGAAUACCUUUCAAGAAAACAAUGAAGAGCGUGAAGAAUCAACGCUAGAAGCAGCCCCAUCUCCCCCAGCCCAGGAAAGAUUAACAGAAAAGAAUCAGCUUACCAACCUGCCAUUGCCUUCACAAAGCCACAUGCCCAAAUUUGUCACAUCAUCCCAGAAGCUGGGGUCGGCGACCCAUCUUUCAAAUAAAAGAUGGGUUAGGGAAAGCUUAGAGUCCGGUUAUAAUAUACCCGAUGGACCGCCGACCCCAGCCCAGAAGUCCAACUCUUCAAACAUCAGUUCAACAUCGCAGAUUCCCGAGACGCAGAGUCAAGACAGGCCCGAAACUUCCUUCAUGAUGAAUGGAAAUUUCAUCUCGCCAAUAAUCACUUUCGAUAGGAAUACAGAAAAAUCGCGCCUCGCCAAGCUGAAAGAUGGCGUAGUAAAGACAAGAAAAGACUCCCCUUCUCCGAUUCUUAUUUCUUCUGAAGACGAAAAACAGGCGGAUGAGCAAGAUAAAUCACAUUUUCUUGACGAAAGUGGGGAGCCGUCGAUGAUUAUUCAGACCAAUCGGGAAAUAAGAAGAUCUUUAGAAAAGCCUCAAGAAUCAUUCGCAGGGCUAGGGUUGGAUCUGACAGAAGAUGGAGAGCAGGAAGAAGAGGAAGAGAUUGAAAAGACCCCUCCAUGGAUUCAAAAGCACCCUUCACUUUCGAAAGUCCGUAAAACUCCAGAUAAACCUCCAGCGAUCGAGAAAGUUGAAGAAAAUAACGAGCUCGAAGAUUCUUUUGUAAACUCUUCCUGUCAUUCUGGCACACUUUUCGAUGAUCAUUCUUCCCAAGAACUGCCGAAAGAAAGUCCUAACCCAGCCCCUUCUCCUCCUUCUUUUGGGGGAACCGCUCCAUUUUCUAUUGAGAUAGAUCCUCCUAGUCCUCAAGCAGCUCAAUCUGUUCCUGACGACUCGCCUGUUUUCGGUGAGUUUGACCCACCGCCGGUUCCAGAAUAUGACGAGUUCGAUUACAAUCAAGGUUUCAACGUCGAAGCGCCAGAUUUCUACUCCCAGUCGCAGCAGAACUGCUCCUUCCAUUGGGAUCCCAUGGCACCAUCGAAUUCGGAGAAUCCAGCCCCUGCGAAACGAACGUCUCGGAAAUCGCCCGAUUUGCUCCCGAUUAUUCUCUCGAGCGACGACGACGGCGAGACAUCAAUGGCUCAUCCCCACGAUCUCAGUGAUCCGCCGAAAUUGGAUCACACGCGGCUGUCUGGCUUCAAUGAGAAGAUUUCAUUUUGCCAGGAGAGACUGGGAGGAGGCGAAGAUGCUUUCGACCUAGGAUUGAGUGAUAUUCUCGACAAAAGCUUUCCGAACUCUGCUCCUACUACUCCUGUUAAGCCAAAGAAAAAGCAGCUUGAAAAAACUCCCGAAGAAAUGCCAAAGAAACAACCUUCAAAAACAAAACCGGCACGAUCUCUAUUCAGAAAGUCCCUGUCCCUGAAUUCUUCUCUAGCCGAAGCUCCAAAAGCCCCAGUUUUCAUCCCUUCCUCGGCUCAAAAACAGGCCUUAGAAGAAGCGACGGCGAAGUACCAAAAGAUGCCAAAAGAAGAGUUGAUCAAAGAAUGCGAAAAGUACGGAAUGAAAUCAAAAUUGUCAAAGACAGCGAUGAUUGGAAAAUUGAAGGAAAUAUUUAUCUACCAAAAGCUUCAUCAGAUGGGUCCGCAGAGCGGGCAGCGAGUGACUUUUCCUGCAAAAGAGAAGAUAAAUAGAAAAGUAGUGAAGUUUAUGACGCAAGAUCGAGAUCAGAGCUCAGACAAUUCGGUCGAUGAGGAGUCCGGAAAUCAAGCAGCGUCGGCCUUUGAGGAGAUCAGCGAGGAACAAGCUGAAUUGAACAAAAUGAAGCAAGUGACAAAAAUGAUUACUUCGCUGCCCUUUCUUCACAAGCGCGUGAUCACUUAUGACGUGAUCGGAUUGAGAGAGCUGGAAUCCCACUGUGUGGAUGCAAACAUUCAAGUUGACGAGCAGUUCUUGAUCAAAUACUGUGACAAGACUUGUAUAACUUUCAGACAGGAAAAGCGAAGACCUGUGAAGGGAAAUUUAAGAGCAAAACGGAGCAAAAAACGAUGA